AGCACACGAAGCUGUUUGAAAAGCCAAGCACAUGCGUGUAAAACGAUAUUAUUUGUGUCCGAAUGUUUCUGUGCCGUAUGUGUUGUAAAUAAGACCUUUCUUGAUGAUCUAAAUAUGGAGUAAUUAGAGUCAUUAGCUAAGUACCAGCUGAAUUUGAAUGGAAGGGGUAGGCGCUCUUUGGGGCGCCUCAUUAUGCAGGCGCAUUAAAAGAAAGCUGUGGGGGUGAAAUGGGUGGUUGGGCAGGGACAAAAAAGAGGGGCAGCGACUGUGAGGAGGGUCAGGAUUCAAAUUCUAAGUGGGAAGUUGUCCCCAUUGUCAGUGGGGUAUAUAGCACGGAGACCGAACUCGCCGGUGUAAAGCUGGAGAGUUGGCGUCGCCAAGCAGCUGCCUGUUGUUCGCCAGUGAAGGCCGGGAUCUAGGAUUUCACCAUGACCUCCUUAAACUGCGUCUGGAUUGCUUCGUUUCUUAUCUCGACGAUGACAGGUGACACUGGAGUUUAUGGUCGCGCGCUGGACACGUUGGGAUUUGCGUCAAAGAAGCCAAAACUCGCAGCUGAACCAACUUUACGCAUGGACGUGUUGAGGCGAUGGAGGCGCGCAGACACGCACCGGGAGAAGUGCGCUGAGCUGGACGCGCCCUGGCUGGAAAACACGCAACGAGCUCCUGCGGAUAAUGGAGCCGUGUUGCAGCUCCGCGUUCGGCCCUUUUCUCCCGGAGCAUCGCGGGGUCUGGUUUUCCCGGGAAAGUCUCUGUUCAACUUUGUCCGACGGGUUUACCGUUGCUGUCAAGAAGGAGUAAACUGCAGGAGCGUUAAAGGGAUUCAAGGUCGAAUGAGAGGAGAUGCAGACGUGGAGUUCGUCCUUACCAGGGACGUUUUGUCACUGACGGUUGUGAAAGCUGAGCUUCACCUUCAACUUUCCAACCCGCAACACCUGGACAUCCAGCCCGUACUUCCAUCUGUGGCAAAACACAACCUUCCUACAAGGUACAGUCCGGGGUCACGGGGUGACACCGUGGAGCUGAGAGUGGAUCUGCUGUUCCUAUUCCAGAGUGUGCAGGAGGUGGCAGGUGGCGUCAGACGAGGCCCCACCUUGCUAAACAUGCGACGGGUGGUGUUUUCCUCCGACGAGGAAGCGCCAGGCGAUAAAGUCUCUAUAGGGUCUCUGCUGGACGCCCACGGCUAUGUGCGGGGGGCUGGGGCCACCACCGCGCUGCCUCCUCUGGACCUGAGCUUGGUCCUGAGCUGCAGUCGGGCUGGAUCGGUGGUGCCUUGUGGCGCUGGUGGCGUUCACCUCUCUCACACCCCCUUCAUAGCUCUGUACUACAGCUGAAGUUGUAGUUGGACUCGACUCUGUCCUGGGAAUAUUGAAUCUGUUCAAUCUCUAACCGAAAAACAGAUUUUUAAAACAAUUUUGUUGUUUUUUUAAAAAAAAUCUUAAACGUAAAUGAUGCACUUCAAUGUCAAAUCUAUUAAUUUAUAAAUGUCCGCAAACUAUAUAUAAAUAUAUAUAUGUACAUAUGCCAUACUGUAAGUUUAUAGUGUUAUUCUUUGGCUAUUAAAACUCAAAUCUAACAAUGGUUUGUGAGAAACGCGUGUGGCCUCCUCAGUUGCCUAAUGUGGUUCAGCUGCAUUCCCCUUUUAGACCCAAACUUAAGAUAUGUGCUUUUAUUUAAAGAACUUUGCACAGUUGGUGGGAUACGGUAGGAAAAACAACACCUGGUCAAACAGAGGUCCCGUACAUGUGCUGUGAUCAGGCCCGAUCACAUAGCCGUUUGAGUUAACUGGUAUUUUGUGCUAAACACUUCUCACUUUUGAUUGUGUGAAAUUACAAGCACAACACUUGUCAUGAGACAAAUUCAAUUUAGCCCAAAACUUCCAAUAACUGCCAAAUAACCAAGCAACUCAGUGGUGUUGGAGUCAAAUAACAGCAUCAACACGUUCUGAUAAAAUAGCACAUUUAUUAAAAAGAGACAGCAUUUAUCAGCAUUUCCCCACUGUGCAGAUAUAUGCCACAUCCGCGUCAGAAGUUCAGAGGUUUCAGAUACAUUUCUCAGUCCACCUGCUGCUGCCUACAGUCCCCAGAAGAGCAUUCAUUUAUCCAGCACACGUGUUUGCAUGACGCAGGACUCCCGUUAAGCACACACUCACUGUCUCACACAUUCACUCUGUGUGAACGCUGGCAGACCUUUUGGUUUGUGGUCUGCCGCUUGGACGAUGGAAAAGUUGGCUGCUCAAAUUUGUCUCAGUUUAAGUUAAGCUCACGUGCUCAGUCGCUUUUGGAAAAAAAAAAAAAAGUGGAAAAAUAAAAGCAAUAAGCCGAAAACCAAAUAUACAUGAAUCACAGAGAAAUUCAGAUGUUUCUUUUAGGAUUACAUUUUUUUUUUUUUUUUUUUUUUUUUUAAAGGAUUGGGCAGAAGAACAGUGGUG